UCUCUUUUAUUAUCUGUCCAAGUUUUGUUGUCCUUGUCAGCUGGGCGGCUUGUGGCGUGGCUUCCUCGGCUGCGGGGAUGGCAGCCGGGGCCAGCCUGGGCCCCACAGGCCUCACCUCGGCCGCUCUGAGGCGGCGGCCAAGAAAAAUGGCGGAGGUACUGAAAUAUGGAAAGUGUUGUAGAAAGCUUCUCAGUGGUGGACAGCAUGCCCAUGAUCACAGAAGAGCCAGAAGAUGCUGGCCAUUUGAUAACCACCUCGACAAAUCAUGUGAAUGAUACGACAGAUCACAUCAUAACAUCGUCAGACAAUGUUCCAAUCAUUACAAGUGUAAAUAGCAAUAUUAGAAAUGAAGAUGCCCAAACAAACGGAGAAUCGACUCGGGUUCUUACAUCUAGUAAGACGAUAGGGUCGACUGAUCAGAUUGUUGCCGAUGGCAUGGCACAGAUUAUUACCACCUCUGAGGGGACUCAUAUUCUCACGGACAGUGGGGGUGAAAGUCCUGGAACAACACAAAUUAUAACAUCUGACGGUGCACAGAUCUUCACCAGUGAAUCUGGCCAAAUCAUAUCAGACACAGGGCAGUUAAUGGGUCACGAACAUCAUAUAUUCAGCGAUGCUGAUGGAGAAAUUAUGACGGCCGAGCCAAGCCACAUUAUCAUGAAUCACGACGGAAGCAUAGCAACAGACAGCAGUGGAAAUAUUUUACAUACAGGUGGACAAGUGAUUACUGAAAAUGGCAAGGCUCAUAUUUUAUCUGCUGAUGGAGAAAUGAUAGCUCUGGACAGCAGUCUUCUUGAGGGUGCCCAUAGACUUCAGGAACAUGUUGAGGUAAUUGAAGAUUCUACGGGGGUCGAUGAAUCUGAAGCCCGAGAUGCGCUGCUUCGGCGAAUCAAGAAAGAACCUGAAGACGGGGAAUCUGCAACAAUCCAGAUUCGUGUUAAUGCUGCUGCACCAAGAAAAAAAGAAACUGCACAACUGAUAGAUGAGGAUGAGGAUCCUCUUAAAGUGGCAUCAGACUUGAUGGCAACUGACCGUUCAACCAAAUACACACGAGUAGAUCGAGAUGACCCAAGAAGUAGGCUGCAUUUUGUCAAAUAUAUGAAGCGGGAGGGAAAAACGAUAAAAAUAUGGGAGUGCGGGAUAUGUGGAAAAGAGUUUAUGCACCAGUACACCUUAAUGCGACAUUUACCAACCCACACGGAUGAGCGUAAUUUUCGAUGUAAUCAGUGUGGAAAAGCUUUUAGACAGAUGUCCACGCUCUCGCAACACAAAGCCACACACUCGGAGUCUCGACCGUAUGUGUGCGAUAUCUGCCAGAAAACUUUUAGCCGUGUGUCUACUCUAAUUUCCCACAAGAAGACGCAUACAGAGGAGAAACAACAUAGAUGCCACAUAUGUGGCAAAGCGUUUCACCAGAAGGGUAAUUUAAAAAAUCAUCUUUUUACUCAUACGAACGAGCGGCCAUACAAGUGUGAUAUAUGUGGGAGAGGCUUCAAUCAGUCUUCAAAUCUUCAAUGUCACAAAGCAAAAUCUCAUGCUGAUGGCACCCUCAACUAUCAAUAUGUACCUGAUAAAUACAAGUGUAAUUAUUGUGAUCAUGCCUUUGCACGGAGAGCCCAGUUGCGACAACACGAAGAAUAUAAGCAUGGUGUUCGGAAUUUGCACGGGUCACGUGUAUUAUCGGGGUCUGGACCUCGGACUGUGGCAAUUAGUAAUAAUCUGCUUCGUAAGAGAAAGAUUGGGAAUGUCCGCAUCAUUCAGUUACCAAAUGGAGAUAGAACUUUUCAGGAGAUAGGAACCGAGCCACUAAUAAAACACAAGAAGAUGAAGCACAAGUCACACGUGAAAAGUGGUAUUUUAAUAGAACCAAUAGACACUAAGGCGAUGCAUCGCGCUCUGGCUGCUGGAAGAACUCCGUUUGCUUUGCUGAAACCAACCAAAGGAGUUCCUGUAGUUGUCAAAGUGCAGUUUGCCUUAGGAAGUAAGCAUAUGCUUGUGCCAGCCAGUGCUAAUGAGCUGAGAAAUGCUGGCAAAUUCACAGUGUCCAGUCAACAGUGUGGCACAAAGGCUGUUCAAAUUAAGGUUCCCGUUGUGGCCACUGUGGUUCAGCGCAUCGAUGGUGACGGCCAGGUCCACAUGGAUAUUGAAGCCCCUGCAGAGGAUGACGAUAGUGAUAUCUUGACUAAGCAAGAGGAGCUCGACUCCAAAUCAUUACCCUCGCCUGGUACCUCGGGUAUCACUGUUGCUGAUGACGAUGUGCAUGUUAAUGAACCACUCGUCAUUAAUCCCGGUGUCAUCAGACAAUCCAUCACAGAGCCAGUUAUGGAAGGUGAGGAAGAUGAUGAACAUUCUAUAGAUGCAUCAAUGCAUCAUGCAGAUGAAGGAAUAAUCAUUGGUACAGUGGGUGGAGGCGAGCCUAUGAGCUAUGCUAUUGAUCAGGAUGCUGCUAUUACUGCUGCAGCUACAGACGAAAAUGAAGGACUCAAUUCUGUUGAUCUUCUGGCGACUGCUGUGAACCUUGUGUCCCAAGCUCAGAUGUCAAAAGAUGGAAUGGCCAGCAUGGAAGGCAUCCAGUACUUGCGGCAGAUGAAUUUAGGAGAGUAUGAAGUAGUUCCACCAGACCAUGCUCAGGCAACACACGUUAUGAACCAACAUGGCCACAUUGAGCAAAUCAAGAUGGUGGACGAGAGCAGUGCAGUGACGAUGGAACAAGCCAAUAUAUCUGCUUUGAUGGAUGCUUUGCAAAAUGCUGGUUACCACUUGGGCACUGGGAACCAACAGAUCAUUAUUAAUGCUGAUGGCAAUGCUAUGGUCGUGGAUCAGCAGCAGGUACAGAUGGUUAUAGAUGGAGAUAUGGAAGGUGUGAUAUCAUCGGAUGGGGUUGUGAGCGAGGCUGUUGACCCAUCGGUUAAUCUGGUUGUCCAUGAAGUGCCCGAGAGUAUUGAGAGUGACAGUGAGGUGGCGAGCUGAGGAUAAUGCUACCGCAAGAGGGUCAAGUCAUACAAUACAUCUUCCCUAGCCAUAGGGGGAUCUUCAGUGUCUUUGCAGUACACUUUGGAUGGUAUUGGUUGGAAAGAAAUGCACAUUUGAAUACAUUCAGGUUGGGGUGCACCGAUGGCAACCAAUAAUACAUAUAAAAAGUCGGCGACAAGUACUGUAUCAGGAUUCGUAUUUCUUGUUACCGAUUGAUAAGACCUAUAUUAUGUUUGUGGUCUGCUAUAUUAGUAGAUUAAAUUACAUCAUAAUGUAGUUGUCUUGAGUGAUAAUUAUAAAUGGCUUUAAAAUUGUUUUGACACUGUAACAAUAAGAUAAUACAACUUAAGUAAAAAUAUUGAUUAGAAAUGUAUUAUAGUAACAGCUGGAAAUAAUUCCAAUGAAUGCUUAAGGUCCAGAAAGUAAGAAAAUUUUGUUUUCAUUGGUAAUAAAGUUGUUUUGCCAAAAUAAAAAUAUUGUUUUUUUGGGAAUAAGGGAAUAAUGUGAAAAAUUGCAAGUGCCUUCAAACUCUUGGGAGUGUGUCCUAUUGUUCUGUUAGGAAGUGUGUUUUGUUACUGUAAAUAGGUGUACUUUUGUUGACAGGAAGGCUGUCAUGACAAUGCUAUUUAAGUUGUGUGUUUAAUUAUUAGAGAAAGGAAAAUUGGUGGACCUCAAAGAUUUUAGGGAUUAGCUUAUUUGUAAUUAGAUACGAAUAUACCGUACAUUUAUGCACGAGCAUAAACAUAGUGGAUUAGACAAACAUGACUCAUUAUUUACAUUAUUAUAGCCCCCCCACACAUCUUCGUUAUUCACAUACACUCUAAUUCCUGCACGUGGUAAGAAACAUUCACUAUUAUUUGAGUAGUUUAGAUGACAUUGGGUUUGUUUGUGCCUUGAUUAGUACCUCACUAUAUUGUAUGGUCUUUAUCCUGACUGGGACAUAGUAAAGAGGGCAGAGCAUCAACACAAUGGGUAUUUGCACCUUGGGUUAUGUGUGAUGUUGCACGGUAGUGAUACCGGGAAGUUGAUAUUAUUCAGUAUUAAAUAGGAAAGUAUUUGAUUUGUUACUAACAGUGUUGAGCUGUGAACAAGAUGGUGGGUUCUCUUAGCAGUCUUUUGUCAGUAGCAUCAUCCCAAUCCUGUGAUUAUUUAGUUACCUGCAAUGUCAUAUUCUUCCUUUUCUCUUCACAUCUUCAUUAGUAAUGAGAAAAUCAGUUGGAGCACUGAGGUGACUGAAACAAAGGAUCAGGGUACUCCCUGCCGCGCACCUUACCCCCGUACCACAGCAUGGUAUAAGUUUUACAACCUGGGACUCUGCUGAAUUCACUGGAAGUCUGGAGGCUCCUACUGAAGCCAGUCCAAGUUUUGCAAUGAUGUCUAGGUUAGGUUAGGUUAGGUUUCGAUCUACACAUUCGCCUGAAAUUUGGAUAGAAACUCCCCUGCGUCUUGUACUUUGGCUGACUGUCAUCUAUCACUAUACACACACAACCUGAUAAUGUAUUAUGGAAAUGGAAAUUUCCUUAUGGAAAUAAUAUGGAAGUAUUUCCUUAUGGAAAUACUUGGCCAUCUGUAUUGGCCACCCUGCCACUGGUAAUUUUGUUUCAUCAUGCGUUUGCUUGUACCAAUGCCAACACUUAACACUUUAAACUUUAGCUUGACAAAAUUAUAUUUUUAACCUACUAAAUAUAAGUGGUGUGGCUUUGUUGACUUCAGAUUUUGUUCGUGAUCAUCUUAGGAAUGCCAGAUUUCACUUCUCUUAAACUUCACUUUCUGCUUAAAAGUCACCACAACAUAUUUCCUCUUGGGUUUGCUUGUUGUUGUUAAGAUUUGGUACUUGGAACAAAAAGUUCCAAGUAGUACGGGCUAUGGUGAGCCCAUUAUGGACUAUAGUCUUGGGGGUUUGCUGUUAGUUGAUGUCUUGGCUGUCAUCUUGCAUGCAUUUUUUGAAAGCCAAGGUGGCAAGAUGUUUCAUAUUUGCUGUUAAUAUCUUUCCUCCCUAACAAUUUUAUUUAAGUUCCCAUACAGAAACAACAGACUUUGGUCAGGGUGGUGCUCUCUGAGCUUGGUGGUGACACAAUCGGUUGCCUGGUAAAACUAAUUUUAACUUCUUGUAACUUUUUGUUACAAGAAGUUAAUCUUUGUAACUUUUGGUUGUCUUAUGUACCGACUCCUGCCCUGUUUUCCUCUUGUCCCAUCCACUCCAUAUCUUUCUCUAACUCUCUUACACACACAUGCAUCCCCAGGAUGCAGCCUGUAGCAGCUUUUUAACAGGGACAUCAGGUGAAAGAAACUGCCCAUUUGCUCCUUCCUCAGCUGGGAAUUAAACCCAGGGCCUUAAGAUUAUGACCCCUGAGCUCUCUUUUUUCUUGGCUGCAAAGCUGUGUGUAUUUAGUGAUAUAUUUUCGUGAAUAGUUAAUAUCUAUGGUCUAUACUGUGUCACAGUGGGAAUUGGGCAAGCAUUGAAGAGCCAUAAAAUUUUGUUUUGUGCCUCAGACCCAAAUCCUAAAAUACUGGAAAUAAUUCUGUACUACUGCAAUAUGUACUAGAAAUUUAUAACAUUAAUGCAAAAUAAAAUAAACAUUUUGAAUUUUGGGGGCAUUGAAUGGUUCAUGGCCCCAGAGCUUUGCCCUGGGUCAAAAUUUCAGUAUUAUUUUUACCUCUACUGGAAUUGUGGGUUGGUGUACAAUUAAGAAAAUGUCUUAAAAUAUAUUUAGGUGAAUGAUUUAGUGUAAGUUCUUUGUGAUAUAGUGUAUACUAAUUGUUAUUGGAUGGGUUUAUGUAACAUCAAUCUUUUCAUUAAUGUGAAUGCUUUCUUAUAUAGGUUAACAUACAAGGAAAUGGAUUGCAUUGACAAUAAAUUGAACUUUGGGUUUAGACAUUUCUCUUAAGUUUGUCGAGAUUUUUGCCUACAUGGCAUCUUUUAAGUAUGAAAAUAUUCCUUUCUCUGAUUUAUUCUGAUGGGAGCCUUUUGUCAUGAAGUGUGCCAGGUUUCCUUAUCAUUGACCAUCUUCACUUGUAUAUAAUUAGAAUGCCAAAAAGUGAUCCACAUGUGCAUGCAGUAAACAUUGAUUUACUUGUUUCAAGUAAGUUGUGUUGUGGUAUUUGUUGUUUAAGCCAGUAUUAGUUGGCCAGAUUAAUUUUGAACAUGCUAAAUGUAUUAUGAUGUAAUUCCAGUGUUAUGCAUAUAACUUGCUGUCUUUUCCUCUGAAGUUUUGUGUUGACCGAGGCGCAUUUUGGGUGCCCUGCUUCUGCUCGGGUACAAAACAUUCCGCAUACUUUCAUGUAAAUUGUUCUUCAGUCGCUUUCUGAAAGUUAAUGAAGUGUAUCUUGGUAUGUACUGUUCUUGCAUUGUCUUUCAAGGUACCUUCUUUGUAUUUAAAUUUUAUUUUCAUCUCUUAUAUGCAUCUUAUGAAUUUACUACUCAAUGCUAAUCAGUCAAGCAUAAAAUGCUUGAGGAUUAAUGUUGAGUUGGUCUUGAGCUUGUACGCUCUUACUUGAUGAUUGCAUUUGAGGCAUUGGUGAUCCACUAGAUUGAUCAGAAAGUUCAAACAUCCUUGGCCCAGAGUAUUUACUCACAGCAUCAAUACAUAACACCCUCCCUCUCUUGUCUGUUAUCAGGGGAAAGCACCAAGUCAUUACAACUAUAUAACACUUGGAAGGGAGUCAAGAUAAGGAUUUGGGAUGGGACGGGGGAGGGGGGAAUGGUGCCCAACCACUUCGACGGUCGGGAAUUGAACACCGACUGUCGCUCUACCGUCCAACCCAAGUGGUUGAGCGACAGACAGAGAAAAUACCAAUAAAUUUUGGGUCAAUUUACAGUAUCAAAUGUUAAUAACCAAGAAAUAAUAACUGUUCAAAGCCCUCUGAUAGUUUUGAAUGUUAAAGGUGUGACUUAUACUUUUGUUCUUUUAAAGGUCUGUAGCAAAUACAGUUUGAUUUCCAAAUUUCAGAGUUGUGAUAACUUUUGAAGUUAUAAGAAAUGAGUCUUUGGAUGGUAUUAUAGAUGUCUUAUAAUAUCAGAAUUUGCAAUACUGUACUGUAAUUUAAUUCAGGCUGUGCCGUGGCUUUUAUGCUGGUUACAUCUAUACAGCAUUUAUUAUUAGGCUCGUUCAUAUGCCUACAGGACAAUUAUUAUAUAUUUUUUAGCAUGAAUUUGAAUACAUUAUUUGCCAUUUUAUAUGUACAGUAUUUUGUUGUAAUAAAACAUUCAUUAAUGUUUCACGGUACUAUAUUCCCAAAAUCCAAGGCCUUGGAUUGUGAAAUUGAUUUAAUACUUCACAUUCGGCUAUAAAAUAGCCCAUUUGCAUGAAUUUAUAUGCAGUACUGUACAUGGAAUGGUAAUUUUAAUGUAGAGCCCUCAGGAUAUUUUGGAAUGCCAAGUGUCUGAUUCAAGACUACAUUAGAAAUGCUGUUUGUGAGUAAUUGGAGAUAUUUCAUCUUCAUGCUAAUAGGAAACAUGUUAGCGAGUAGUGAAUGUACUCGCCCCAAUUUCUGUCUGUAGGCGUGGUAUCAUUUGCAUACAAUCUAAAAUUGUGUUGUAAAAUUAAUUAAAUCUCAACCAUGGUGCAUUUUACUCCUGACAUUUGACCUAGUGACUUACACCAUGUAAAGUUUGAGUUAAACUGAUAUAGAAAUCAGGGACACUACUCCAUAGUAUAUUAAAUUAUAGGAAUGCAAAGAUUGAAAGAUUGGAUUUUCAUUUAUAUUAAAAUUUUUUUUUAUAAAAACGUUUAGAAAGAUUCUGAUGACUAGCUUUACACGUAUUAUUGCUUGAAUUAAAUUAAAUAGUGCACGAGGAUUAAAUUAUCGAAGUUCUUAUGAUUAAAGUGAUAAACACAUUUCUCAAAUACAUAGAUUGUGAGGUGAAGGACCUCACACAUUUGUAACUGUGCACACUUUGCAAUUUACUUGUGUGUAGCUAUUUUUUUUUUUAUUUUUGUGUUGCGUGAAGAUAAAUGAGACUGAAGGUUAUAAUUUCAGUGUGAAACCGUUUCUAUAUUUUAUUUCAUAGCAUAUAAUUCUUUUUGUGCUUUGAGUAACAACUUAAACUGGUGUGGUACAGUUUAUUCUUGUUGUAACAACUGCUGUACAUUGAUAAUACAGUGUUACAAUGAAGAGUUGUAUAUAAAGAUGCUAUUUUUUAAUAAUAUUUCUUGUGUGAUGUUUGACAAGAUUUCUUCUUGUGUAUAUGUUACUUGUGAUUGUCAGUAACAUUAACUUAUAUCUGGUACUAGUUCUUUGGCCAAAGCAUUAAUUGAUAAGACCUUAAGUACCUGAUAAUAGUUCUUAGUGCUGCUCAAGUUCAAAGUUCUGCUGGCAGUUCCUGUAUUUUAUUUUUCUUUAACUGUACUGAAUAGGAUUGGAAUGUGUUUAAUUGGAUUUGCUUGAAAGUGUGGUUGCCUUGUAGUGUACAAUGGUGCAAAGAAGUUGUUGAAUGAAGUUGGGUAAGAAAA